AAAUUUUCCGGUUAUUCCUGCUCCCUGUUCUCUAAUCACGCCUUCCGCUUACUUUCGCUUCUGUAAUUACGUGCAAUCAGUGCGCGCCCAUGUGAAGAGCGCGCGAAUUCGCGCGAAGAAUUCAAACGUAACGACGGCGCGCUGCGAUGGCAUUCGAAGUUCGCCGCGCGGCCGUCUGGCGGCGCCAGUGUCACGACGCGUCGCGCAGCGCCGCGGUAACGUUCGGUCGAUAAACGGCGGUACACGGAAGGUUCUCUGGAGGCGCUCUUUCGGGACUCUCGACAGCUCUCGCGAGUGUCGUCGUCGCCAAGCAGUCGUCAAAUACCGUAUCGUUUGUGUUCUAUCGCUGUCAGGCUGAGACUGGAGAUUUGCAACGCGAGACUCUAGGCAAGGUUCUUUCUUUCUCUCCGCGAUUCGAGGCAAACCGUGAGUGAGGCAUAUUACAACUUUACAACGAACGGCGGAAUCCGGAACCGCGACUGAUGUCGCGCGGGACGGCGCGGCGGUACUCCGACGACGACGGGUCGCGUAAUCAAUCGUGAUCGGUCGCGCGCGUCGUGAGUCGUGAGUCGUCUACAACGAACGGGUAGCCGCCGCCCGCGGCACAGUUUUCGCGCGCCAGCAGUCCGUCGAAACAUGCGUCCGUUGCGGGGCGACGAGAACCGAGCGACAACCGAGGAGGCUCCUUCGAGGAACUGUCAGGGGGACCGUCGCCACCACCAUCGCCGCCGACGCCGCCACCACCACUGCCGUUACGCGUGAGUCAGUGCGGGAUCGGACGGAGGCGACGCACGCAAAAUGGCUUCGGGCGACAAUGUGGACGUGAUCGAGGUGGUCGAGACGACGAGCUUCCCCGUGCCGGCGCAGCCCACGGUGGAUCACCUCAGACCGGAGCAAUCCACCGUCGAGGAGGACUAUAAAUCAAUCGGAGAGAAAAUAACAUCAUUUGAUAGCUCAGUAGUACAACAUGGUACGACAGGUGGCAAGACCCUUGUGGGGGUAUCAAGAAACAAAUCGGAACGAGAGAGGAAAAUUGGGCAUCGAAGAGUUGGAGUGGGAGGUGAAAUCACAUAUAAGAAGAUUCAAACGACACAAAUUAUGGGAUCUAUUCAAUUGGGUAUACAACAUGCUGUUGGCGGUCUUGCAAGUAAACCGGAACGUGAUUUAUUAAUGCAAGACUUUAUGACUGUGGAAACAACGAACUUUCCUAGUGAAGGAUCAAAUCAUACUCCAGCCCAUCAUUUCUCGGAGUUUAAAUUUAAGAACUAUGCACCUAUUGCAUUUCGUUAUUUUAGAGAUCUCUUUGGCAUUCAACCGGAUGAUUUUUUGAUGUCAAUGUGUAGUGCACCAUUACGUGAGUUAUCAAAUCCUGGCGCCAGUGGGAGUAUCUUUUAUCUAACGGAUGAUGAUGAAUUCAUCAUAAAGACUGUUCAACACAAAGAAGGAGAGUUUUUGCAAACUCUACUUCCAGGAUAUUACAUGAAUCUAAAUCAGAAUCCAAGAACAUUAUUGCCAAAGUUUUUUGGAUUGUACUGCUAUCGAUGUAAUAGUAAAAAUGUUAGAUUAAUUGCUAUGAAUAAUCUUUUACCUUCAUCUGUAAAAUUGCAUCAAAAAUAUGAUUUAAAAGGAUCUACAUACAAAAGAAAGGCAUCGAAAACAGAACGUUCGAAGUCUUCACCAACGUACAAAGACCUAGAUUUUAUAGAACAUCAUCCAGAGGGUAUCUUUUUAGAAGCUGACACAUAUGGUGCACUAGUAAAAACUAUUCAACGGGAUUGUCGUGUAUUAGAAAGUUUCAAAAUUAUGGAUUAUUCUUUACUUGUUGGAAUCCAUAAUCUUGACCAGGCUGUAAAAGAAAAAGCUCAAGAACAAAGAUUAUCGGCAAGUGCCGAUGAAGAAAUUGAUGAAAUGGGUGGCGAAAGUGACGGAUUCAUUCAAUCUGAGAGAGAAAAACAGAAAGAGGAUAGAAUAGGCGCUGCUGCUUUAAAUCGAUCUCGUAGUAUAAAUCGUCAAAGGUUGGUUGCUCAUAGUACAGCAAUGGAAAGUAUUCAGGCUGAGAGUGAACCAAUAGAUGAAGAGGAUGAUGUACCUUCAGGUGGCAUUCCCGCCAGAAACGCGCGUGGUGAACGUCUUUUAUUGUUCCUUGGAAUUAUCGACAUUUUGCAAAGCUACAGGUUGAAAAAGAAACUGGAACAUACGUGGAAAUCGAUGAUACAUGAUGGGGACACUGUAUCAGUGCACCGACCAGGAUUUUAUGCGCAACGCUUUCAGGAUUUCAUGGCCAAGACAGUAUUUAAGAAAAUACCAUCACUGGACCUGCCUGAGAUUAAGGGGAAUCACCGCAAAUUCCGUAACCUCGUCACCAGCUAUAUAGCUUUGAAACAUUCCCCGUCGAAGAGGAAAAGUAUAAGCAGACCAUUGAGACCGCUAGAGGGUGACUUUGAUUCAACCGCGGUGGCGGCAACUGGAGGUUCGACAAUGCAUGCUACAUCACCUACAAAGGCCGUUAGCCCGCCCGAUCCUGCGAUCAGCGCGACGAACGUGGCGGCCUCGGUGCCGAUUGCCCCCUCCCCCCCGGUUAACCUUGCCGCCGGUCCGCUGAGUCCGCCCCCGUUGACCUUAGCCACCGGUCAAGGUCCGCAUCACGAGCAUCCGCCCGGGGCCGCCCCCACGGUCAAGGUCACGAGUUACCCGGCCGUACUGAAGGGUAGAAGCGCGGCCAGUCCGCCGAACCCAAACCUGGUGCCGUCCGGCAAGAUCCCACCUCCGGUGCCACCGCGGGGCACGGGCGCCUCGAGGACCGCCAGGUCCUCCGAGGAUCACCGGGCGGCCAGCACCGCCGCCUCGACGACGUCGUCGGUGACUUCCAGCCGAGGUGAUGAAGCAGCCAUAAUCACGAGAUAUCGCUUGCAUGACAGUUCGUGCGAUCUGCACCGUUCGCUCCUAUCUGACCAUUCCUGUACUUCUACUUCUAUCACCACCGCUAAAACCGUGGCCUCUACUAUCACUGCUGCUACUUCUAUUAAAACUACUUCCGCGACCUCGAAUGCGUUGCAUGCUCAUACAUCAACAUCCAAUACUUGCCGCGUUACUGAUCGCGAUCGUAUCGGUGGAGAAGCCGGACGGAUUCGACUGAUGGACUCGAUUCAGCAUUGGCAUACCCAAGAACUCGACGAGGACGAGGAAGAGUUCGUCAGCGUGGUGAAGAUUGAGGACGCUUACUUCAUUAAGACUAGCCUGCAUCCUCUCAGACCAGAUAGGGGAAUUCGUCGAUCCAGUCACUUGAAAGACUUCAAUGAAACGGGUAACGAUAAUUAUGAAGUCUCAAAGAAAGGUACAGAAAAAAGAGGCGAUACCAAGACGGAUCAUCUAGCGAAAUUUACAUACUUUUUAAAUCCAAGCUCUCGAGCUGAUCUUAUGAAUUACAAGAUGUCGCGAAAGGACAAGAAAUAUUCUGAGACAUAUUAUGAGAGAGUAAAGAGAAAGCAAAAGAACCUUGAAGCGUCGAUCACGACAGUUUCGCAUCUUCGUAAGCCAGUGGAAGAUGCGAGAACACAUCAUAUACAUACAUCUUAUAUGGAGGCUGCUGAAGAAUGGACUAAUUAUAACCAAAAGAUCUUAAAAUUCGCGUCAAUUAAAAAAGAUAGUAUUUUGCUGCAAAAAAUUCGAGAGAAAUCUAAGAGAAGAAAACGAAUUGCGCCGGAACCAUCGAUGAAGAAACGAACAUCUAAAAGGGAAACUUUUAAUGGAAAUUUAGCUGAAAUUGAGAAAACAGACGCAAAAAGAGAAAAUGAAAAAUUGUCUUUGAAAAUGAGUUCUUUAGGAAAUAAGAGUGGUUAUCAGAUUCAGGAGAAAAGCAAUAAAAAUGACACAGGUUUUACAAGCAAAAGGAAGGAAUCGGCAAUCAGAUGUGAUGAAACGAAACAGAAUUGCCCUUCUGGCAGAGAUAAUAACUAUCUUGAUAAGAAAAAGAAUAUCUCUAAGAAUAUAAAUGAUGAGCAAAUAAAUAAUACAGGUGGAUUCAAAGGAAUUUUUGCAAACAGUUAUAAAGCUGAAAACAUGGAAGAUAGGAUAGUUCAUGAAGGGAUUAGUAAAUUCGAUCGACAGGCUAAUGAGAGAUUUAAAAAAUAUAAAAACGAGUCUCCGAAAUCCGACUGUAAAAGCUGCGAUGGAAAUUCCUAUUUUCGUGAAGAAGAAUCUUCAUUCGAUAUUAAGAAAACCAAUUCGAAAGAUGUGAAGCAAGAUAAAUUGUUGAAUACAAUCAAGAGAGAAGAAUUCAUAUUUUCCAGUUUCGAAAACGAUAUUCGAAGUAGGAAUAGCGAUGUUCUAAAAUGUUCCGUUUUCGAAAAAGUGAAGAACUUUGAGAAGAUUAAAAUGGAUGUGAGAGGUAAAACGAAGGAUGCUCGGCGAGAAGUGCACUUGGAUAAUUUGAACUACGGAAAUGAAAUUGAUGCUAUUAAACGAAAAUUUGCACUGCCGGUCAAUGAAAUUCGAUUGAAUCAAGAAGAAGAAAAAAUUGUAUUGAAAGGAAGAUUAAUUAACACCGAUGUUAAACACAAGAGACAAACAUUUAAGUCUCUUUCGAGUAGUCAUUGCGACAAUUUAUCGUUUAAUUCAGAGUUUGGAAUGCUAAAACCGAAUGUUUCCUUUUUACAUACUUAUCGAAAGACGCGAUCGUUUACAUGUGGCACCCUUCCUUCCACCUGCUCCACUCCGCCCCCGCCCUUUGAUGAUGCAGUCCGCUCGAACGACCAAACCUUGGCUUCUGGUGGUCACCUUCAGCAAGGCAGCGCAACCCCUAUUCUUACGAGCAAUCUGUUCUCUACUCAUUCCAAACAAAAUAAGGUUGUUCAUCACGUUACUCUCACCAAGACGUAUCACGAUACUGUAAGCAUAUCGGACGUGCAUUUGGAGAGCAGCGGUAGCGGUAGUGGCAGUGGCGGCAGGGAAACUAAGUCAUCACUGAGUGUCGAGAGUGGCGGCAGCAGCAGCCGAGGUGGUGGCGGUCUCACAUGGACCCCACCGGCCGGAAGUGCUGAGGGUUCGACGCCAACGUGGACCGAGGGCACGCCGUCCUUCACCGAGAGCUCCAGCAGCGGCGACAUAGGUAAGUUGCUCUACGCGUUGAACAUCUACUACGGCUCCUGAAGGAUACUGCCAUGAGGACUUCUCGGCUUCUUCUGCUGGUAUCUCCCCUCUCUUCUAUUUCCUUCGAACACUCCAACGAGGAAUCGCUCGUGCGAGAAUACAUAGACAUUAUAUUGAUUCUCGCUGUUGUUUAAUUAUCGAGUGUUAACGUAGAUCUUCUAAACUUUCUAAGUGAUUUUUUUAGAUAGUUGCCUUUUUGUGAGAAAGAUAUAUAUUAGGAAAUCGAUUUUCUAGAAUUAUAUCACAUUGAUUCUAUGAAUCUGAAACUUUUUUAUAAGCCUUUUUUUAUUUCUGAUUGAUAUCAAUUGAAUGAUGUAACAGAGUCAACAACAUUGACAAUCAUGUUGGCGAAAAAUUUUUCUAUCUCGUUAAUACCAUAGAGUUAUUGGACACUUGAAUAGUGUGUAUUGAA